GGAUCCCGUGUGACGGCUCAACAUUCCCAUUUCUCUCCUUGCAGUGUUUCUCUUUGGAUCAAUCGAGAGAGGAGAAAGAGGGGAGAGGAGGGGAUGGGGUCGACGGGGGUGCAGCGCCGGACGCUGGUGCUGGUGAACCUCGCCGGAAUCAUGGAGAGGGCCGACGAGGCGCUCCUGCCGGCGGUCUACAAGGAGGUGGGGGCGGCGCUGCACGCCACCCCUACGGGGCUGGGCUCCCUCACCCUCCUCCGGUCCGUCGUCCAGGCCGCUUGCUACCCCCUCGCCAUCUACAUGGCCGUCCGCUACGACAGGACCCACAUCAUAGCGCUCGGCGCCUUCCUCUGGGCCGCUGCCACCUUCCUUGUCGCCCUCUCCGACACCUUCCUCCAGGUAGCAAUCUCAAGAGCCUUGAAUGGGAUUGGGCUAGCCCUAGUGGCCCCGGCUAUCCAGUCCGUUGUAGCUGACUCCACUGAUGACAGCACACGUGGUUCGGCUUUUGGAUGGCUACAACUGACUGGUAAUGUUGGUUCCAUCAUUGGUGGCUUCUUCUCACUACUACUGGCAUCAACUUCGUUUAUGGGAAUUGCGGGUUGGAGAGUUGCUUUCCAUCUGGUCGGCAUAAUAAGCAUCAUUGUAGGAAUCUUGGUCCGACUCUUUGCGGUGGAUCCUCAUUUUCAUAAUGAUAGUUCAAGUAACGAAGCGAUUUCACGCAAGUCUGUUUGGACAGAAGCCAAGGACCUUGUUAAUGAAGCCAAAGCUGUUAUGAAGAUUCCAUCAUUUCAGAUUAUCGUGGCGCAGGGGAUCACUGGUUCAUUUCCAUGGUCUUCUCUUUCGUUUGCACCCAUGUGGCUGGAGCUUAUUGGAUUCUCGCAUGGCGUAACUGGAUUCCUCAUGGGCAUUUUCGUGGUUGCAAAUUCUCUAGGAGGACUAUUUGGAGGAAAGAUGGGGGAUAUUUUAGCCAAGCGUUUCCCAAAUUCUGGCAGGAUAGUUAUGUCCCAGAUAAGCUCCAGCUCUGCCAUUCCUCUUGCAGCUCUAUUGAUGUUGGUCUUACCUGAUGACCCCUCCACAGGACUUGUGUAUGGCCUUGUCUUGUUCGUCAUGGGAUUUAGCAUAUCUUGGAACGCUCCAGCUACAAACAAUCCUAUAUUUGCAGAGAUUGUCCCAGAGAAAUCAAGGACAAGCAUCUAUGCUUUGGAUAAAUCCUUUGAGUCUGUACUAUCAUCGUUCGCUCCUCCUCUUGUUGGCAUUUUAGCUGAGCAUCUUUAUGGGUACAAACCAAUUUCUUAUGGAGCAGGUGAGAAUACCACUGUUGAGACAGAUAGAGAGAAUGCUGCCUCCCUUGCCAAGGCACUCUACACAGCAAUAGCAAUUCCCAUGUCACUCUGUUGCUUCAUCUACUCCUUCCUGUACCACACCUAUCCCAGAGAUAGAGAAAGGGCAAGGAUGGAUUCCUUGAUAGAAUCAGAAUUGCAGCAGAUAGAAUUGGAGAAUGCUUGUGAAGUGGGACGUGAUUCUGGAAGCCAACAUUCUGAAUUGCAGUUGAAUGGAAGCGAAAGAAGCGUGAUUGAUUUGGCUUAUGGAGAGGAAGACUUUGAGACUGAUGACAAUGAUGAGAGGACACUGCUUUCUUGGCAAGUGGAAGUAUCAAAUGGGAGGGAUUAGCAUACGAAUUAAUGAAAACUUUCUGCUUCCCACGGUUACUUUUAGAUUUAGACCAGUCUAGUACAAAGAGUGCUCUCGAGAACCACAAAUGCGGUUUAUUUCUGAAUCUGGUGUUUGGCUUUGGAGGCCAGAUGUUACUGGGAGUCGGCUUUUGGAGGAAGUUCAUAGGUCAUUUCAGAUCAUGUACUUAUAGACCACAAAAUGAUAGAUAUAAAUAGUGUUUGAAGUGAGUGGAGAAUUCAAGUUUUUGUCUGAGGGGACUAGUAUAUAAAUGAAAUAGUUUACCUUGGAUGGUAAUCUCUCUAUUGACAAAUCUUGUACACGACUGCUUCUUGAGCAACUACUUUGGUUUCUCUGAGUCCGGUGACUGCUUCAGAGACUACAUGGUAGCUUGGGACUUGGGGUUAGUUCCUGUAGGAGGUUGCCAUUUUCAGUUGGUAGCUGGAAGACUUAAUGGCUUUUUUAUUGUUUUGAAUUAUUUUUAUGUUGCUUUUAAAGAAAGUGUGGAUUGUAAUUGUAAAAACAAGUGGAAAGAAAAAAAUCCACUUAAUUGUAACAAGAUUGCAAGUGUAAUUGACAAUUUUUGAAAUUCCAAUUUCUAUGCACAAACUCCUGUUUCACAUUUUUGAAAAA